CUUUGUGGACGAGCGCGGCGCCGCGCGCGCACUUCUCUCUAACACAUCGGCGCGAGCGCGGCUGCGCGCGGACUUCUGGAUUAUUCGCCUUUUCCAAUGGUUUUCAAUCCCAAACCGAUGCGGAGAGAUGGGUAAACUUCACUCCAAACAUGCUGCUGUUUGUAAGCCGAGGGAGAGCCCCGAAGGCGACAGCUUUGUAGUGAACGCCUGCUUGGCGAGGAGGGGACUCGACGACUGGAUCUUUAAACACAAAUACGAGCUGAGCGACUCCAAGGUCCAACAGGAGGGCCCGCAGAAAGCCACCUGCGCCCCCCUGUCUACACGAGAUGCCUUGGAUGAGGGGUGUGGAGAAGGGAUCAGCGAGGAACAUUAUCGUUUGGAAGUUGCACUGCCCCCAGAGAAGAUGGAUGGCUGCUGUGCCGAGGAGAAGAAUCGGGAGAAGCAGAGCCCCGUGCCCGGAGGGGCCAAGAAACAGCUUAAGUUUGAAGAACUGGAGUGUGCUGUGUCCCUGGAAGAUGAUAACCGACAGGAAUGGACGUUCACUCUGUAUGACUUUGACAACAGCGGAAAGGUCACCAGAGAGGACAUCACCAGCCUGCUGCACACCAUCUACGAGGUGGUGGACGCCUCUGUGAACCACUCGCCCAGCACCAGUAAAACACUGCGUGUCAAGCUGUCCGUGGCCCCAGACUCGAGCCAGGAAUGGAGGAGCCCUGUGCAACUAGCUACGGACAAUACCCACACCAGGCAGAAGACUGACAAGUGUAUCGAAGACCCUAAAAGCUCUGACAAGAAGUUGCGUGCUUCUCUCAGGCGACACUACAGCGAUCACCACGGCCAGCAGAGCUGCCAGCGCCACUGCGUGGAUGAGAACCUGGAGCGCAGGAACCACUACCUGGACCUGGCAGGCAUCGAAAACUACACAUCUCGUUUUGGUUCAGGCAAUGGGGAAGAACCCAUGAGAGCAGAACCCCAGGCCCGGCAAACCAAUCAGGCCAGAUCUCGUUCCCAUGAGCCAGAGAACGGACACUCCUACUUGCACCACCGCCGGUCACAGGCCUUGGAGAACCUGGGCCGUGGCCUUUCGGCCCUGGACACCCUUUGCCCCCGUUUGCGGGGCCAGGACCUGGGGAAACACGUCCUGCGCUCUCCCAAGACCCAUAGUAGGACCCCAGCCACACAGGCAGCGGUGAGGACGGUGAGGAGCCGAGCCACUCCUCCUGCACUGCUCUGCCAAAACCCCCUUCCUCAUCAGCCCUCUGUGGCCCAUAGGAGACACAAGCAACGAGCCAAAGGCACACAUCAGGUGUACCGGGCCCUUGGCUCCUUGGGGGUCCCAGGGUCAAUGCUGGAGAAGGAGCAGGUGCGAGAGCUACCCAGUGUCCUGCUCUACGAGGGCAGUCUAGGUGCUCAUGUGGUCCAGAGACAUGAGCACCACCACCAUCAUGAACACCAUCAUCACUAUCACCACUUCUACCAGUCUUGAUCCUCACAAAGUCUAACAUGUGGGUUUGAAGGUUUGCUGGUCCAAACUUGCCAAAACUUUGUGUAAAGGAAGAUGGAGAAGGGCAGCUCUGCUGGAGUGGGGCUGAAGGUCUUGGGCUGAGAACUGAACUCACCUGUCCUAGUGAGAAAGACUGUAGCGCAGUGGGGGUGGACGUGCUGGGACUAUCCCUGGGAUGCGGGUGGUUUAUGUGUCACAAGACCUGCUUGGGAUUCUUGGAGUCAGCAGGUUUUCCCCCUAUACUGUCACUUCUAUCGGUGGGUGCGUAAGAAAAUUCAGGGAGACAAGCUUGUCAAGUCUGGAGAGGAGCUUCACUGUUUUGCUCCGCAAGGAUUCAACUUUGGUCUCCUCCCUCUGGUUCUCUCUGUCUUGCUGACAGGCUAAACCCUGAAGAACCAUGCCCUAGCAGCCCACUGGGCUUUUCCUAUGGGGCUGUGAGGAGAUGCCAGAAGGGACUGAGCUCAAGACUGACGGAAGAUGGGCUCGCUCUGGGUGAAUGUGAGGGGUGGCAGUGGUUUCCUUGGAGUCACAGUUGACCGGUUUAAAGGCUCCAGUGCAUUUUGCUUUUUCUUUAUUUAGAAGGGAAAAAAAAAACCACUGUCAUACAUUAUUAGUCUGUUUUUCCAGAUUAGACUGGACACAGAGAAUAACUGAAAGACAGACUGAAAAACAGUAACUCAAAACGAAGAAUCCCAAAAAGAUGCUACCUCAUGUAUUAUGAUUAUUAUAAUUGUAAUUAUUGUUCAGAUGUUUUUAGCAAUGGAGUAUCCCACACUGAAACUGGACACUCCACAGUCAUGUAGCUUUGUGUUCAAUUGCUAUCUUGUUUGUUUAAAUAUAUCUGUCAAUUAUAGAAGCUUAAUGGGUGCUGUGACAUUUUAUAUCUAUGAUUUUAAUGUUCUACAUUUGUAUUUGUUUGUACUCACUCCUUUAACCUAGUUGUCACAAUGAGCUGCUUACGAAGACCACUUCACCACCAGAUUAAGUGAAACUGUACAUACUAUAGUUUUUAUAAUGCCUGAGUUACACCGUGGGAGCGUUAUUCACGAGACUGAGGCAAAAGUUAGAUUUUUCUCAGGUACUUUUCAGUUGUCAUUGUUUUAAACUGUGGUUUAAUAAGUUGGAAUGGAUGCAGUACAUGUAUCGUUCAGGAGUUGGCACCUGUGUUGGAUCCAGCUGAAGGGAAGACUUUGCGGCAGACUUCUGCAGUCUAAUGUAAAUGAAUGCCCAGGUUGAUUGAACUUACGGCGGCACGGUGACACGGCGAGUAGCGCUGCUGUCUCACAGUGCCUUGGUGGUGUGAGAGGAUGUGGGUUUGAUC